AUUUAUGCAGAUAAGUCGAAACUCUCUACCUUUGGCUCAGUGACUGGCUACCCUGUUAUUGCCAGACUUUCCAUUCUCCCCCACUCCAUCCGCAACGCUAAGGGAACAGGUGGUGGUUGUCUGAUUGGCUGGCUUCCUGAGGCAAGCAGCGGAGCUGAAAAGUGUAACCAAAAAGCUUGGGCCACAUUUCAGUCAUACAUCUAUCAACAGGCAAUGAGUGAGGUUUUAAGCUCUCUGCAUGAUGUGGCAUAUUGGGGUGUCCAGCUCAGGUGUGCCGAUGAUAUUUUACGGAGAGUUUUUCCUUUUGUAUAUGGCCUAAUCGCCAACAACCAAGAAGGUUGGACCAUGUUAGCCAUGCGUGGCGCUAAAUCACUCAAGCCUUGCACAAUCUGCCUUGUCCCAAGGGAUGCACUUCACCGACUGGACAUGAAGUAUCCUCGCUGCUCCAAAUCUGAAACUAGCCAAAUUAUUCGAAAGGCUCAAACAAUGGCAAAGGGACCGGCAGAGGAAUUACUCCAGAGCUAUGGGCUGCGAGCACAUGAGAGUGUGUUCAACCAGAUUCACAACUCCGAUCCGCAUUGGGCCAUUUCAUUCGACAUCUUGCAUACAUGGCAAGAAGGAGUUUGGGGAGGCCACACAGUGCCAAUCAUUCAAACCCUCAUCCCCCUCCUAGGAUUGGAAGUGAUAGCACGAUUCGAGAGUGUGUGA